AUGGAUUUAUCACAGGUCUUUGAUGCUGAUGAUUUCGAUGAUGAUGAUGAUGAUGAAUUUGAUGACGAUGAUGAUUUCAUAGCGCUAACAUUAAAGCCACCAAAGCAAAUACAAUCAACUCAACCAACUUCGAAUAUAAAUACUCAGCGGCCAACUUUAAAUAAUGUUACUGAAUCUCAACAGCUUCCAGAAUUAUUAGUGGCAAAAGGUGAAAUUGCAGUACUUCGAUCCAAGAUUGCAGAUCUGGAAAAAGCUAGGAUUCAUGAACGUGAUGAAUUAUUACAAAAUGGUCAAAGUGAAAAAGAAACAAGUAAUCAUAAAAUUAUGGCCUUGGAGAAUGCUGUUCAAAGAUUAGAAGAUGAAAGAAAAUUUCUUACUGUGGAAAUUAAAAACCUAAGUAAUCUUAGGAAGAAAAGGAGAAUCAAUGAAGAUACUCAAAUGGAGGACGUGGAACAAUCAGUACCUAUUACACCAGAACCAAUAAUCCCACCACCACCAACAUCAACAAACACAAUACCUAAACCAAAACCACCAACAAUUAAAUUAGCACCACCUAGAACAAUCAAUGAAAAUUCAUUAUUUAUGGAUUCUAUAUUAAACCAUACAAUCAUUGGUUGUCAAAACACCACAAUGGAUUUUUUAUCACAUAUAACAUCAUCGAUACCUUUCCAAAAUGAUCAAGAUCCUUCUUUUAAAAUUGAUCCUAAAAUACCCAUAUCAACUUCAAUUUUACAAUACUUGGUUGAGAAACAUGAAACACUAAGAUUAGAUUUAUUAAUUACAAAAUUUUCACAAAAUUUAACAUUAUUGAUCCAAACCAUUUUCCAAGAUUCCAAAUCUUCAAAAUUAUCAAUCCCCUUUUUAAUAUCAUUAUUACAUGCCACUAUAUUAUUUAGACCAAGUGCAAUAACUUCAGAGACAAUGACAAAUUUGAUAUUAUUCACAGUGGAUUUAAUAACUCAUCAUAUUUUCAUAAUUAAAAAACAAGAAGAUUUAACAUUAAUUCAAAAAAAAUUUAUGAUUCCUGCAAUUCAAAAAAAUUUCAUAAAUAGUUUGAUCUUAAUAUUCUCCAUAGAUUUAUUAGAAUCAUUGUUUAUGAAUUGUGGUAAUGAUGAAGUAUUAACUCAAAAAAUCUUGGAAAUUAUAUCUAGUCAAUUAACUCAAAUUUUCAAAAUAGGAUUCGGUUCAAAUUCUUGCUUGGUUGUUAUGUUUUCACUUGUUGAAACACUUUUAAUAAUUGGUCAUUAUGAUGGGUUCCCCGAGGAAUUAAUUUUAUUAUUAACUCAAGUUUUAAAUAAUGGAUUCAAACCAAGGGAGAAUUUAUUUUUAAAUGGGAUGAAUAGAAUUUUAGGUGAUGAUGAAAGUUGUCAAUUAAUUUCAAAUUUAAUAACAUGGGAUGGUGUAUCUGAUCAACCUUGUGUUGUUUAUUCAAAAACCAGUACAUGCUCAAGACAUGAAUAUCAUUUAAUCAAUUUACAAUUAAGGAUAUGUGAUUUAUUUGAAAAAUUAAUAAUUUCAAAUGAUGAUUUUAAUGAUCAAACAACUUUUUUCAAUAAAAACCCUGUGAUUUUAAAAUUAUUAGUUGGUACAAUUUCUAAACAACAAGAGUAUAUUUUCAAGUCACCAAGAAGUGAUUGCACUCAUUUACGUUCAAAAUUAAUUUCAUCAAUAAUUAAAAACAUUCAUUUAAUUUGGGAAUUAAAUUUCAUCAACAUUAAGACCCCACCAAGGAUAACAAAAGAUACAACACAUGAAUUAAUUAUAACAUUAUCAAGAAUUGCAUUUAGUGCAAAUAUAACAAGUAAUGAAGCUACGGAUUUUUUAUAUCAAUUUAGAAAAUUUGAUAAGAAUUCAAUAGUUUUCAAUAAAUGGUGUGAGGAACGAGCAAGAGAAAUAAGUCAUUUAUCAAUAAAUAGUCAAGAGGAGGAAGGGAAUGACAAUGAUUUGAAUACAAUAAUCAAUGCAGAAGUUGGGUUAAGUAAUGGAUUAGAAUUUGCAUAUGAUGAUAUAGUUGUUGAAUUAGCUCGUGAUAUUUUAGAGAAAUGUACAACUAUGGAUGAAGCUGAUAAUUUAUAUCUAUCCAUGAAUGCAGUUUAA